AAUCCCUAAAUUUUCCCUCAGCUCACACUCCUCUCAUCUUCGACCUUCAAACGCAGAAAAGGGGCAGCCCUAUGCCUCCAUCUCCUCGCCCUUCUUCAAGCUGUCCAGCUGCCGUCGCUAUUGCGUCUGCUCCGCCGCCGUCCUCACUGCUCCAGCAUCGUAUCCACGGGUCUGUUCUGUCUCUGCGUCGCCGCGUUUCCGCCGCUGUUCAUCCUCUGUUCCGCCGCGCUCCAGUCCUCGUCUUCCCGUUCGAGUUCCUCAUCUGUGCUCCCUCUCCCUCGCGUGUUUGAGUUCCAGCCCUCGUUUGUUCUCCAUCUCCCUCAUCUGUUCGAGUUUGUACUCCAUCUCCCUCAGUUGUGAAAGGUCUGUUUCCCCUUCACCUGCAGAUAUUGGCCUACACUCAGGUUUGUUUCUAAGAGCCAACUCAUGUUUUCUGUGGCAUCAUAAUGGUAUUGAAGAGUAUCUAUGAGAAGAUCAUUGGUGCAACAUGUUCUUCUAAAAGCUCAGUUGAGACUAUAGAUAACAGUCAGGUGCCUGCUUCUUCGAAAGUAGUGUCUGGUGAAAGUAAGUAUCCUAAGGCUUCCUUGUGGUCAGGUUUUUUUCCAGCUGGUUUUUCGGUCUAUGAAACGUAUAAUGAACCAUCGUCUUCUGAAAAGAAAGCAGUUUAUUUUGGAAAUAGUGGGUGGGCAGCUGCUGUGAGGAAAGUUGUUAACAGCGGCUCGAUGAGGAGAUUUCAAGAACGUGUACUUGGGACAGGGAGGACUGAGAUUUCAAGUUCUGAUGGUGAUAUAUGGCUUCUAGGUGUCUGCCAUAAUAUUUCACAACAAGAAUCGACUGCAAAUGUAGAUACUAGUAACGAGUUUGCCGCAUUUGAGCAAGAUUUUUCUUCAAAAAUCCUAGUAACAUAUCGGAAGGGCUUUGAUCCUAUUGGAGAUUCAAAGUAUACUAGUGAUGUUAAUUGGGGAUGUAUGCUACGGAGCAGCCAGAUGCUUGUAGCUCAGGCAUUGCUCUUUCAUAAAUUAGGUAGAUCAUGGAGGAAAAAUAUUGAUAGGCCACUGGAUAAAGAAUAUAUUGAGAUCUUGCAAAGUUUUGGUGAUUCGGAGGCUUCUGCUUUCUCUAUUCACAAUCUCCUUCAAGCCGGUAAAGGUUAUGGCCUUGCUGUUGGAUCAUGGGUGGGCCCAUAUGCCAUGUGUCGAACAUGGGAAGUUCUAGUUCGUAACCAGAGGGAGACAGACAACCUUGUAAAGCAGCCACUUCCAAUGGCAAUUUAUGUUGUUUCUGGAGAUGAAGAUGGAGAACGUGGUGGAGCACCAGUUGUCUGCAUUGAAGAUGCAUCCAAACGCUGUUAUGACUUUUCAAGGGGCAAACUUGUUUGGACGCCUCUGCUUUUAUUGGUUCCUCUGGUUCUUGGACUUGAUAAAAUCAAUCCAAGGUAUAUCCCAUUAUUGCAAUCAACUUUUAAAUUCCCCCAGAGCCUUGGUAUUUUGGGCGGUAAACCAGGUGCUUCAACAUAUCUUAUUGGUAUUCAGGGUGACAAGGCAUUGUACCUUGAUCCACAUGAAGUUCAGCAGGUUGUUAAUAUCAAUGGGGAAUCCCAAGAGACUAGUACCUCCUCAUACCAUAGCAAUGUUAUCAGGCACAUACCCCUAGAUUCAAUUGACCCAUCCUUGGCUAUUGGAUUUUACUGCCGAGACAAAGAUGAUUUCGACGACUUCUGUUCCCGAGCUUCCAAGCUUGCUGAAGUAUCAAAUGGUGCCCCAUUAUUCACGGUAGCACAGUCUAGGGGAUUUUUACCGCAGGCCGCUAGUAACAAUGUGCUGGGUAGCAACACUGGAUUCCAAGACGAUGAUUCCGUAGUUAUGGACGUUGCCAACGAAGCAGGCAACAAUGAGGAUGAUUGGCAACUCCUGUAAUUCCAAAGUUGCCCAAGGUUGAUUUGAAGUAACUGGUUGAAAAAUUUGUUGUUUGAUUCUCAUGUGCCCAAGGCUAAUUUGCCAGUGUUGUUGAUGCGUAGUUAUGGGGGUUCCCUAUUCUCAAGAUAUGGUUGAAAAUAGGCUUUGUAGAAAAGUAAGUUAUAAUGAAUAUGAUUCUUUAGCUUAAUUUAUUUCCUCAUUUGUUGAUAUAGCUAACUAGGUAUUUGUUGUACAUUACACGGGGAGUUUCGUUCAUAUUUGUUGCUUGUACCUUUUUGUUGGCUAUGAGGUACAAAUUUGUAGUGGGGUUAUACUUUUGGACUAUCAAAUAAAUGGUAGAAAGUGGUUCAGAAUGCUGUUUUA